CUGCUAAUAUACACUGAUGUCUCCGGUAAGCCUACUUGAAGAUGGAUGCAGGCUGAAGCUACGUGGGUCUUAGGCCAACGAUGACCAGAAUAAAGUCCAAAUUCUUAUAAAGAGAGCUGUACAUGGCAGGGGGAUAUGUCUUUUCCAGUGACUUUGGAAAACUCCUUCUGGGAGAUCCACAUACCGCUCUCGCAGGAAGUGAAGUACAGUAUUUUAGGGAUUUCUGUCACACUCCUCUUUGUGGCCCUGUGCAUUCUGAUAUGGCAAAUUUACCGAUACUGCACACAGCAACCUGCUCCCAAACAAGACGUUAAUGGUUUACUAUCAAAUGAACAGUCUACACAGAAUGAGAACCUUCAAAAUAAUUCCCCAACGCCAGACUACAAGCUGGAGUCCCGUCAGGAUGAGGCUGAGCGGCUGAGUCGCUGUCUGUCCCGCAGCUCCGACCUGGCCAGCAGCAUGGACAGUCUGGGGGAGCCGGACGAGGAGCGCGUUCAGGGGACUCUGCGCUUCUCGCUUUUCUAUGACCAGCUCCAGUCUCGGCUGGUGGUGACGGUGCUGGAGGCGCGGGGCUUGGCGGCGCGAGACUUCAGCCGGAGCGCUGACCCUUUUGUCCGUCUUCGGCUUCUGUGGGCCGCCAGAGAGGGGGACGAGCAGCGGCUGAGCUGUGUGCUGCAGGAGUGGCAGACGCGCCUGGUGAAGGACAGCUGCAAUCCCGUGUUUGGAGAUCAGUUCUCCUGCACACUGGCCGAGGAGGACGUGUCCAGGGUCACCGUCCGCAUGGAGGUCAGAGAUUUUGAUAAAUACGCCAGACAUGGCAUUCUGGGGGAGGUCCGAGCCCCUCUUAACAAUCUAAAUAUCAUAUAUCCUUUGGAAAUACUGGAGGACUUACAACGACCAAAGAAAGAUGUUGUUGGAGAGGUCCUUCUCUCUCUGAAAUACAUGCCCACGUCUCAGAGGCUGGAAGUGGGAAUCCUGAAGAUCAGGACAGUUUUCCGCUCCAGCAAGACAGAGAGAGCACUAUAUGCCAGAACCAGUGUCCUCUGCAAUCAGUGUAAAAUCCGACAUCAGCGGACCACAGAGAAGGUCCGCUGGGAUGUGACGGUCUUCAAUGAAGUCCUGAUCUUUGUGCUGCCGGACACCCAAAUCAGGGAGUGCUCUAUCACAGUUUCCGUCUAUGAAAUGCGUCCUGGGAAGAAGUCCUCCAAGCACCUGAUCGGUCAAGUCAUUUUAGGGAAGGAGAAGACCAUAGAGGAUGAACACUGGAAGCUCAUGAUGCGCUCUCUUCGACAGCCAGUGGCCAAAUGGCAUUUACUCUAUUUAUGAACAGCUAACCCAGGCUGGAGGCCUUAAACUGGGGGGAUGGGUCUAGUGUAGGUCAUGGAACCCCUUUGUGCAGCACAGUUUGAUCAUUUCUUUGCUAAAACUCCAGUUGUGGUAGUUACCAUGGAGCAGGAAAAUUAUGUAAAUUUGCUGGACCAUGGCUCUCCAGCACCUGAAACAGGCCUCUCAACUGUAAUUAUUAUGGACUUGGAACAUAAUGGACAAUAUUCUUUGUUGCUGUGUAAUAAAAUAAUAUAUGUAGUGAUAAUUACUGUUCUUC